ACUGACUUACGCUCUUCCAGGCUUCCUAAGAGUUUUAAGGCAGGAAUCAGAUUCCUUAUAUUGAUUUAAUUCUCAUGGAGUGUCUCUGACCUACCAUUUCCCAGUUGAACUCGGACUGGUGCAGUUGCUUCUCACCAUUUAAUAUCAUCAAGGAGAUGUCAUUCAGGUGUUAUCAGAAAUCCCCUCAAACGUACAGGAAGCUAGAGUUUGGGAGAACAGGAAACCAUGAGUCCUGUUCAAAUGGAAACUUCUCUGACAUGGAAGGAGAACUGAAAGCCUUUUCUAAAUUCUCCCAAGUUUAGCAACUUCAUGGGCAGAACCAAUCAGUGCUCCGGGACUAAACAGUAUCAUCAGUUGCUGAGAAACUCCUUGGGUUAAAAGUGCUAUUACAACAAGUAAAAUAUCUUUGAAUUUCCCAUGAAAUAUAUAUGUCUUUAAUAACAUGGUAUUAUGGCAGCCAGUAAAAGGCAGAUAGAAAAAUUGGACUGCUUUAUUUUUUCUCUGAAAGAGGAAAUCAUAAGCAAAAUCACACAGGAUACUGUAGAACUCUCACCUAGCCCAUCCCCUUGCUUCCAGGAAAUUUAUAACUGAAUAAUCUUAGGGAAGAAUUGUACUUUGGGUCCUCCUGUUAGUGAUCUAGGACUUAAUAUCAGAGGAUGUUGAAAACUUUUGGAUGUGAACAGAUAAUCAACAAUGUAUAGCAUGCUUGCUCUCAAAAUUUGUAAGGAUAGCUUUCUGAAAGAGUAAGCCCUUGACACCACAGUGUGGAAAAUCUAGCCUAAGAAGAGGUGCCAUGACCCAUGGUAAAGGACAGGCUCACCAUCUGAUGGGUUACCGCACUGCCAAGCUGCUGCGCAUCAGAAGUAUUGGAACUUCAGUCCUUUCUAUGUGUACCUUGAUGUUGUCCUUUCCAUUGCACUGUAUUUUCAGAAACAGGAUGCGGUGCCUCCUAACUUCCAGUAUCCUGGAAAUGUCAAAACAUUUUCUUUGGAUCAUACGUUUAGCGGUGACAUUACAGGAGAAGAGGUGUUAGAAUCUCCUGACCGAGUGAAGGAAGGGUACAGCCUCCUGCAGGUUCUAACACUUAGUGUCCCCGUGAGUAAGCUCUGCUCAGGUUACUCAGUGAUAGUCAUUGAUCGGAGUCCCAAGGGAGGUCUGUUCCCCACGCUUGAGUCCCUCCAGUCCCUAGCAGAGUCAGGAGAACACUCAGUAAUUGCUGCCCAUGUUCCAAGAAGUAGCUCGCCCUCUCCAGCUUUAGGAGUGCUGGGACUCAGAGUUUUUCCUCCGCUUUUCUCUAAGUAGAGCAGACUGUUUCGGAUCCUAGGGUCACAGGCUGUUGAUCACUCUGGGGUUUGGGAGACUGCAGGAGGUGAAGCGGUAAACAGCCCCUUAGCUCUUGCCCAGUUCUGCCAAAUUCGCGUAGUCCCCAUGGUUUGGCUUUAGAUGAUCCGCCUUCCUUUAAAACGUUUCCCUACUGUCAAAGCCGAAACUAGGUUUGCAUUUAACUCUCACUUAGGGUGUUUCCAUUGAUUCUAUCUAUUCUCACUAAUAUGCUUCAAGUAGAUCCCUUGCCAGAACUUGGAUAGAGACAAGACACUGAGAGAUUGAUUAAUAUUGUCAAAAACCUGGGUUUCUGGUUCUGUUUAUUGAAGAAUUAUACUUCUUCAUCUAAUGAACUUCACUAUCUCCUGUCCUGAACCUUUUACAAGAACGCUCUCCCUAGCAACAGAUGUGUCAUCAGAAUAUUUUUUUCUGAUUGGCUAACGCUCAACUGAUUUGCAUUUUAAUCUUCUUUUCUUUUAUCCUUGUCUAUUUUAACUCGAUUGGGAGCUCUGCUGACUCCCAUCAGAGCACCCAAGAGGAAAAUGGCUGUAAGUGGAGUCCUGGUGUUAGAACUUUUCUUCAUAACUGUCCUGGUGUGGCCUCAGGAAUCAUGGGCUAUCAAAGAGGAACAUAAGAUCAUCCAGGCGGAAUUCUAUUUGUCCCCUGAUGAAACAGGAGAGUUUAUGUUUGACUUUGAUGGUGAUGAGAUUUUCCACGUGGAUGUAAAAAAGGAGCAGACAGUCUGGAGGCUGGAAGAGUUUGGACGGUACGCCAGCUUUGAGGCACAGGGUGCACUGGCCAAUCUAGCCGUGGACAAAGCCAAUCUGGGAAUCAUCACGAAGCGUUCCAACAACACUCCGGACGCCAACGUACCUCCUGAGGUAACCGUGCUCUCCCACGGCCCUGUGGAACUGGGAGAACCCAAUAUCCUCAUCUGUUUCAUCGACAAGUUCUCCCCUCCGGUGCUCAGUGUCUCAUGGCUCAAAAAUGGAAAGCCAGUCACCACAGGCGUGUCAGAGACAGUCUUCCUACCCAGGGAAGACCACCUGUUCCGCAAGUUCUACUAUCUGCCCUUCCUGCCCUCUACUGACGAUGUCUACGACUGCCAAGUGGAGCACUUGGGUUUGGAUCAACCUCUUCUCAAGCACUGGGAGUUUGAAGAGCGAAGCCCCCUCCCAGAGACCACAGAGAAUGUGGUGUGUGCCCUGGGCCUGACUGUGGGCCUGGUGGGCAUCCUUGUCGGGACUGUCUUGAUCAUCAAGGGCAUGGGCAAAAACAGUGCUGCGGGACAUCAGGGGCCACUCUGAAUCGUGUGAAGGUGAUGGCUUUUCUUAAAGAGAAGAUCAAUGAAGAAGCUUCUUGCCUGGUUUGGAUAACUUUCAGCAUUUUCCAGCCCUGCACUGCAAAUGUGAUGAUGCCUUCCCCAGUCUGUCCAUGCUCUAACAUCGAGCUGGGCCUCCUGUCCACUGCCCCUUGCUGUGUUUGUUCCCCUCUAUUUCUCAUUAUUUUAUUAUCACUGGACAAUUCCUCUGGAAUACAUCCCGAAGGAUUCUGUUAUGUAACUUUCUAACUAUUGCAUGGGAACACCUCCUUUGUACUUAUUGCUUGGGGUUUCUCCAAACUGUCAGUUUUCUACAUACAAUAAAGUAUUUUUAUGAAUUGUGGUAGA